UAUUUCUUUUAUUAAAUGAAAGGUGAUUUAUUAACUACUCGAAGCAUUAGUGGCAAGUUACAUUUGGCAGGCCGAUUAAAACUAUAAUGAAUCGCACUUGAAAAAUCGUCCCUUAAGUCGGUAUUUUAAGUUUUUAUUAUUGUCAGUGUGCUUUGAUUUUAUGGGAUUUUCUUUAACAGCUGGAAAGUUCAACGAUUUCAGAGUAAACAUAAUCAUUGUCAUCUUGCUGUUCAUAAUUAUAAAGAUAAUAUGGAGAAAUUGACUUGGGAAGAAAAAUACCAACUCAUAACCAGAAAUCUAGCCGAAUGGCUUGGCGAUGAUAAACUAAAAACAAUUUUAAAAGAACGCGAUCUAAAACUGUAUUGGGGCACUGCCACUACAGGCAAACCUCACAUUGGCUACUUUGCCCCGAUGUCAAAGAUCGUUGACUUUUUAAGAGCAGGUGUAGAAGUUACGAUCCUCUUUGCAGAUCUUCAUGCUUAUCUUGAUAAUAUGAAGGCACCAUGGGAGUUAUUGGAACUUAGAACACAAUAUUACGAAAGUGUUAUUAAGGCAAUGUUGAAAUCUAUCGACGUUCCAAUAGAUAAGUUGAAGUUUUGUAAAGGCUCCGACUAUCAAUUAUUAAAAGAAUAUACAUUAGAUAUGUAUCGAUUGGCUUCUGUCGUAACCGAGCAUGAUGCAAAAAAAGCUGGUGCAGAAGUUAUAAAACAAGUUGCCAAUCCUUUAUUGUCUGGAUUAUUAUACCCAAAUUUGCAGCUGUUAGAUGAAGAAUAUUUGCACGUUGAUGCUCAAUUUGGGGGCAUUGAUCAAAGAAAAAUUUUUACUUUUGCUGAAAAAUAUUUACCAAUACUAGGCUUUGAAAAACGUGUUCAUUUAAUGAAUCCUAUGAUUCCAGGAUUGGCAGGAGCAAAAAUGUCAUCCUCCGAAGAAGAUUCAAAAAUUGAUUUAUUAGAUAACGCGGCAUCUGUAAAAAAGAAACUGAAAAAAGCUUUCUGCGAACCGGGAAAUAUUACAGACAAUGGAAUUUUAUCAUUUUCAAAAUUUGUCUUAUUCCCUUUAUUCAAAGAGAAUGAAAAAUUCCUUGUACCAAGAGCCGCUGAAUUUGGAGGUGAUAUUAGUUUUGAAAAGUAUGAAGACCUUGAAAGUGCUUUCGAGAAAGAAUUAAUUCACCCAGGUGAUUUAAAAAGUGCUGUAGAAGUUUAUAUAAACAAACUAUUAGAUCCAAUAAGACAAGAAUUUUCAAAUAAUCCAAAAUUGAAGUCGCUUAGUGCAAAGGCUUAUCCACCUCCACAGAAACAAAAACCUGUCGCCGAUGAAAUUAUUCCAUCUAGACUAGACAUUAGAGUAGGAAAAAUUGUAGAUGUACAAAUGCACCCGGAUGCAGCCAAUUUGUAUAUAGAAAAAAUUGAUUUGGCAGAAGAAUCUGGACCUCGAGUAAUAGUCAGUGGUCUUGUAAACUAUGUUCCAAUUGAAGAGAUGAAAGAUCGAUUGGUUGUUAUAUUAGCAAAUUUAAAGGCUGCUACUUUAAGAGGUGUUGCAUCACAUGGAAUGGUUUUAUGUGCUUCGGUCGAUACUGAAACACAUGCGGUCGAACCUUUAAGGCCACCACCAAGCAGUAAACCUGGUGAUAGAAUAGUGGUAGAAGGAUACGAAAGUGGAAGUCCAGAUGACGUUUUGAAUCCAAAGAAGAAGGUUUGGAAUAAACUACAGGUGGACCUUAUAGUAGACGGAAAUGGAAACGCAUGCUGGAGCGGUAAUCCACUUAUCACAUCGACAAAUGAAAAAAUCACGGCUGAUACUCUGAGAAACGUCCCUAUCAAAUAACGUAUUUCUCUUGAACAAAGCACUUGUAUUUGUUUUAAUAUUUAAAUAUUAAUGUAAUUAAUGUUGAUAC